GUGUGUUGUUGUAGGUUUAUGAGAAGAGGUGUAAUCUUAAUAUCUACAACUAAAAUGUUCUCGAUAAAUAUACAGUGAAUUAACAUCUAAACUGUGCGUCAUGGUCGUGUCUAAGGUAAUACGAUACGUCACCCUGCCGUUUCGUAUGGUGUGGCUGGUGUUGUAUAAUUGCGUCAUGACCACGCUCUCCAUCACCCCUAUGAUACGGGAGGUAAUGCAUGAGCACUUUCUCAAGAAGACAGACGUGAAGAAGGGAAGCCCAUAUAUAGACUUCGUUAAGGAUGGUGCUGCAGACUACCGCUAUUUUUGGGAGAGGACCAAAUUAUUUUUGUUCAUAGCUUGGUCAGAGACGUUCAUGGAGGCGGAGGAGGGAGGGAAGGCGCCUAACCCGAAGCUGAUGCGCCUCAGUGACCGCUCCCUGAGUGACCUUUUGGACUUUGCCAAGCCUGGUCGACCUUACAUCAUCAACUUUGGGUCGUGUACCUGACCUCCGUUCAUGGCCAACCUAGAGAGGUUCCGUAAGGUUACGGAAGACUUCUCGGGGGUGGCGGAGUUUGUGUUGGUGUACGUGGCCGAGGCUCAUCCCACUGACGGCUGGGCCAUCAAGGGUAAUGUCGAGAUCUCCUCCCAUAAGACCAUGGAGGAGAGAUUAGCAGCGGCACAGCGCAUGUUGGAUUUGGAGCCCCUGGAGUGCCCAGUGCUGGUGGACUUGCUCACAGACGAGACCAGCAAGACUUAUGGUAGUGUGCCUGAGAGGCUUUACAUCGUCCAGGACGGAGUCAUCGUUUACAAGGGGGGUCAAGGACCCAAUAAUUAUAAGCUGGCUGAGGUUGAGGAGUGGUUGGAGAAGUACAAGGGGCAGUAGGGGAAAGAUCUACUCUCGACUCCUCAUCCGGAGGUAACAACAUGCAACAAGACCAUGUUGUCGACACACCUGCUGCAGGACACGAAGAGAACACACACACACUGAUUAUACAAGAUCGCAGUUAUUAUUAAUGUUGUAUAAGAACGGAGACAAAUGAAAGAUAGUAUUAGUUCAUACCCAGACAAUUGUGGGUUUCAUUUGUGGGUUCCAUUUGAUGUCGGAAACAAAAUGGGUAUUGUGUAGAGAAGGAUCCGAUUGUCUUUAUUAUUACUUUAUUUUCACUGUUGUGUCUUUAUUAUUACUUUAUUUUCACUGUUGUGUCUUUAUUAUUACUUUAUUUUCACUGUUGUGUAGGUCAGUAUUAAAUGAUGCUCUGCUUGAAAGGUGUUGAUACCACAGUAGACGCUGAGGAAUUUAUUGGCGUAUUCAGUAGUGAAAAUGAAAUAUGAAUGAGAGUAUUAUUAAGGAUUUCCAGACACACAUUAUAUAUAUAUAUAUAUAUAUAUAUAUAUAUAUAUAUAUAUAUAUAUAUAUAUAUAUAUAUAUAUAUAUAUAUAUAUAUAUAUAUAUAUAUAUAUUAUUGGAUUACUGGAAGGAUUAUUAAUUCCUAAAACCUGUGGGACAGUAGAUGGAAGACGGUGUAAGAGGAAGUAAUUUAACUGGGUUAUAUAUUGUACUGACACUAUUCGAUGGUGGAUCUGUGACGUUAUGUCUGGAAGAAGGAUCUGUUGCCACGUGCAUGACGAGUGAACUGGAAAAGUAAGUGACUAUAGUUGUACUCUGAAGAUAAUGACGGUGAGAGAUCUUUCUUCCGAGUUCCACAUCAUCACAAGUUCCUCUCUCCUUUUAACACCAUCUGGUCAAAACUAUAGAGCUGACAGGUUAACUAUGUCCACUAGAGUUAAGAAUGAUUGUUUGAGUUAUAGAUUAACUCAUUUCUGUUUUCAAAAGAAGAAAGUUUUUUCAGGAAGUGAGGAGUAUAAUUUUAAACCAUUUAGUUUUCAAAACACAAAAAAUAGUUUUGUAUCAUGGUUGAAUUUUAACUGCUCGCCCCUUUUACAGUGAGGAUAUAUAAACAAGAUAAUAUUCGUGCAUUGUGUUCCAAGGUUAAAACAGGGGGAGAUAAAUAGAUAGAUAAAUAAUAUUCAGUUAAAACGGUCAUACAACUUCACAGACUCGGCAAGUACUGUAUAUAGGUAAUUUCUGGCAUAAAUACUGUACAUUAGUAUAGUACUGAGAGAGAGGGAGAGAGUUUGCAUUAAAUGUGCCCAGCACUAUAAAUGUGUCUAGCAGUGGUACUCAACAGGUGGGCUAUAGUGCACUUUCAAGGUGGGCCCCCGGGCAGAUGUUCGAUAUACAAAUGCAUAAAAAUGAUGAAACAACGAUGAACCGUUGUGUAAACAACGUUUGGCACACACAACUUGAUUGAUAUCUUUGACCAGCUGAAUAAACUUGAUCUUGAAA